AUCGCGAAACACUAUGAAUAGAACCAAAGCUCCAGGUCAAGACAUAUGCAACGGAGCAGCGUCUCUCGGCUCUCGGCUAGUUCCGACAAGGAGUUUGCCUGGCUUCGCUUCGACUCCGCCGCAAUAUGGCCGUAUCGCCGUACACACAGCCCCCAUUCUCGGAGCAUCGUGCCCGUAAAUCACACGUCAAUACGCCGCUUGAUAUAUUGUUGUAUAUGCUGCUGACGAAAGAUGGUACAAGUGUUUCCUUGACUCAUCAUCAUGCAAAUGAUGUUAAUUAUUAUGAUGCAACAAUCAACAAUAGUGAUAAUAUAAAUCCUCUGGAAAAAUUUUAUCUAAUCACUGAACAAAAGUGGCAUAAGGAUACACUAGUGCCAAUCUCCUUAUUGCCCUCUACGAAGGGAAUGCCUAUGAGAUCCCAUCACAGAAUCCGGCAGUCCGUGACAGGACUGGAUGAUGCUGGAAUGGAUCUCCAAGUGGCCCAACUCAAUAGUCAGACAGACAAGGAAGUACAUUCCAGGACGACUCUAUCAUGGCUAGAUUGGCAUUUGCCUUACUUUGUAGCGCUUUGUGCAAUCGCUGGCACUAUUCUUUUUACAUUCCUAAUCUUGUUAUGGCUGCGAAAACAAAUGUCGCGUGAAAAAGAUAACGAAAAUGGCGAUCGACACGGUCUGGUCGAGGAAGGUGCCACUUGUAAGCCAGACAAAUCAACUAAAGAUGCAAAAGAAUCCGUGGAAGCUAAAUGGGUUCACGAAGCAUUCGCGAAGCAAUCUGCACCCAAGUACCCAGUACGACCAAUUCCACAGACCUCUUUACCCGAGUCUCUGGCAACGCCCGAACGUAAACCGGAAGCGAUACGUAUGAAAGCAAAAGGAUUGUUGGAAAGACGUGGUUCGAGCACAAGUUUAACCAUAGAACUGGCACCAGCUCCUGAAAGUCCGCCACAUAUGGUUACUCCUACUCGAGAAUGUACAACGGAAGAGUUUUUGCUAAGUGCAGGAAAUGUAUUAUCGAGAGCACAAUUGAAAAAAGUUAUCGAAAGUACGGGAACAUUACACAAAGAAUUUUGGGAGGUACCACUAAAUCUACCGGAAAAGGUGGAUAUUUGUGGCUCGGGAGUGAAGAAUCGAUACAGCUCUGUUUUGCCCAAUCUACAAACGAGAGUGAUUCUACCAGGUUCCUCCGACGAUCCGCUCGCUGGUUACAUAAACGCUAACUACAUCCGGGGAUACGAUGGCGAAAAUGCUAGAUACAUCGCGACACAGGGACCAUUAGCUAACACGAUAGCAGACUUCUGGAAAAUGAUCUGGGCAGAAAAAGUUCCUGCAAUCGUCAUGAUAACUAGAUUGUACGAAGUGUCCAAACCAAAGUGCGAAGCGUAUUUUCCCUUUGACGUAAAUAAUCGCUUACAAGCUGGAUCUUUCACAGUUAUCGUUAACUAUAUCGAUACGAGAAACGGAUAUACCGUCAGAACUAUGGAGAUUUAUAUAUAUAUAUAAAUAUAUUGGUAUGAUUCAUGGCCGGACCAUGCUGUACCUCAAACUGCAGAUGCGCUUGUUAGUAUGGCCGCGGAGGUAAAUGCUUCGCCAAAACCAGUGGUCGUUCACUGCAGCGCGGGUAUAGGACGAACCGGUUGUUUUAUAGCGAUAGGAAUAGGAAUGAAUCAACUUAUAAGAGACGGAAAUGUCGAUAUAUUGGGUAUUUUGUGCCAGAUGAGAUACGACAGGGGAGGGAUGGUACAAACGGCGGAACAAUAUGAAUUUAUUCAUAGAGCACUUUAUCUUUUCGAGCAGACAUUGGAAAGCAAACCGUCGACUUCGAGCGACUGAGAAUGAACGUAUUACUACUAUUACUAUAAAUAUUUCUUUCGCUUAUUCUUUCGUGAAACGGGGCUUUAUUAUUGCCUAAGAGAAUGUCACUUCGCGCAGGGCUAUAUGCUUACCGCAAAAAAACAUAAAUUUCUAAUGAAUCUCAAUGUCAGCCUGUGAACCGACGCUCUCAUUUUUAUCUCAAUAUUUCAACGAGUUCAAACUCGUUUAAUAAGCUGCCAUUUUCUACUGCCAUGACAAAUCGUUGACAAUUGAUAUCAAUCAUCACAGAGCUCAAGAGGUAAAAAAAAAAGGGUUCACCGUCGGAGUGCAUUUUCUAUAAGCAGGUGCUUUUUAAAACUGAGAUAUCACAAAUAGCUUAAUAAAAAGAAUAUUUAUGUUUAUAAUAACGCGCGAUAUGAAUCGUGCGGCACGUACGCUUAAAAAUUAAUAUUAUAUUAUUUUAUAUAAGUUAUGAAUAUAUAGUAUGAAUAUGAAAUAUAAUAUGAAUUAGAAAUAAUCUCUAAAUACGGCGAUAAUAUAUUCGCGAUUCGUAUCGUAAAAUUUAUAUCUAAAGAUCAGACACUAAACUUGGGAUUUAAUUAUCCACACAUUCCUCGUGUGUUAGGAAAUAGUUUAUAAGUUUCAAUAAAAUUUUAAAUACAAAAAUGUGUAGAAACGGUUUCGCGCGUAUUAAUAUAACCGAUACUAAUGUACGAUAUUCUUCGCUAUUAUCACGUUUCGCGAUAGAGUAGAUACAUGAUACAUGACAAAAUUUAUUAAAUUGUCCUAGCGUGUAAGAGCUAAAGUUAAUGGUAAUUACUUUAAUGAUAUAUAACGUUAAAUGUGAGCUAAAUGU